AUGGACCUCAGCGAUUUGGGCACGACGACAUCUGCCGUCAAAGAAGACGACGACGAUAGCAACUGGAUGUCGCAAGCUGACCCUUUCCCAUCAACGCCCACUGCAAGCCCUGGAGCUAGCCGGUCUGCUGGCGGGGAUCAGUUCGCCAGCGACAACUGCGACACUGACCAGGACCAUGAUGCACCCACGGCCAGUUUGCUGAAAUUCGCUGACGUCCCUGGCCUACCGUUCAACCCCGGUUCAGCCAAUCCCUUCACUCGCGCCCCAGAUCCUAAUUCCAGCUCCCUCACUUCCUCAUCCUCCGUUAUCGACACGACGACAACUUAUUUUGACUCACCUGCUGCCAAUUCUUCAACAGCCAACACGACCCCAAAUGCAUCCGCCGCAGUGACCCCAGCCGCGACAAGAACCAAAACGCCAUCAUCAUCAACAUCAACAAACACCCUUCUCCCGUUCCCUACUCCAACGUCACCCCUACCAUCCUCUAGCCUUCGCAAGACCUCGCCCGGAUUGGCUGCCAGGCUUAAAGCUCUCGGCUUUGGUUCGCAAAAACCUUCCGCGCAAUCCAUCACGCCCCAAAACGAUCGCAUAGGUCGUCUAAACGAAGAGCAACUCCGACAGCUCGACGAGAAGCACCAAGCAGGCUCGGUCAAAGCCAUCAUCGCCCGGCGCGGUCGCCCGUGGAAGGGCGCCGGCGCUUCUACCUCACCAAAGCCCGUCGCCCACGAGCCCACUAUUGAACUACCGCCCUACAAAGUCGAAGAUUACGAGUCUGCUGUAGCCCUGCUGCCUGAGAUUCAGACACCCGAGCCCCUGGAAAUGGACACUCAAAAGUACCGUCUCCCUGACCACACCAACGGCAAUGGGACAAAGGUCACCCUCGAUACUCGCCGUGAGCACCUCGAGCGCAAUACACGACCGCCAUCUCCUCAAAGCGCAGACCUUCCUCCGCCACCACCCCCAAAAGAUACACCUCCGGUCGCGAGUCUUUCGCCCACUACAUCUCCAAACGAUUACGUCCCAAGCCUAAACUCGUACUUCACACCUGGUCACAACCGUCCGGGCUCUAUAUAUACACUAUCUCGUGCCUCUUUUGCCUCUCAGCUAGCUCAGUUAACGUCACUGAAGCUCCCAGACGCCGAAUCGCUAGCAAGCCAAGUGAAUGCCAUUCCCACGGCGCAAGUUGCUGCAAAAGCACUUAUCAAUGCUGCCGAACAAAUCAGAAGUUGGAUAUCCAAGGCAUCCGAGGUUGUGGAAGGCCUUGAUAGCGAAGAUGAUGUCGAGUGGGCUGCUGCUGGUGGUCGCGAAGGUCUGGCCGAAGUGGAAAUGGCCAUCACACGCUUUGAGGAGCUUGUCAAAGCUUAUGUCGGAGCUAUCGAACAGCUCCAGAAUAGAAAAGAUAUUGCGAACGUAUCCAUGCAAGAUCUGACCCGAGCCGUUUCGCAGAUGGAGUCAGUCAUCCAGGAAUGGAGCAAAAUCCGCAGAACAUUACACAUUGUGAGGGCGCAAGUGGAAAUAGCUAUGGAGUGGGAGGAGCUUUGGAAUAACGUCCUUGGGGAUGUGCAAGGAGAAAUGGAUGAGCUCAGCAGACUGGUAUUUGAGAUGGAGGAACGACGCCACAAGAGUCUCAUGGCUGCCAGUGCGGAUACCGUUGAUAUUGGAGAUCUCGAGACAAUCGUUGAGGAGAAUCCUGUUCAUGCAUCUCGAUUACAGGCUCCGAGCCGCUACAGCCUUCCGGUCUUUCCAGUAACCCCCACUUCGCCUGACACGCCUACUCUGUCGCAGGACGACUCGAGUCUGCUGGCUCUGUUCGCCCGCAUGCAACCUUUGCGGGCCUCUCUUGAUUUCCUGCCAAUGCGAUUGUCCAUGUUCGAAGCGAGGGCUCAACGAUCAUUUCCCACAGCCUGUGAAGAGUUGAACAUGCGUCGUGAAGGACUUGACGCCAGCUACAAAAAGCUGGAGAAGGACGCCGAGUCGCUGCGCAAGGAGUUGGGUGAAGAUCGAUGGGUCAUCGUCUUCCGGGGCGCCGGUAGACAGGCGCAGAAGAUGCAAGAAUCCGUCGAGCGCUCUCUCUUCAAACUUAGAGAGGCUGCCGAUGCUGGGCUGCAUCUGACCAACCAACCGGUCAUGAUGAAGAAAUUGGAAAGCUACGAGGCAAAGAGAAUGCAUUACGGGCCAGCCAUUGAACGCGUUCUCUCCAUUAUUGACAAGGGUGUCAGUGAACGACUCACAGUCAACGGAGAAAUUCUACGCUUGCACAAUGACUUGCAAAAUCGAUGGCAGGCUCUGAAGGAACAGAUGAAGGAUGCCGAGUCAUUAAUCGAGGAUAUCCACGCGGAUAAAAGCCAUCAAUUACGUGACUCCAUCUCCAGCAUGUUGUCAAACGAUCGCUCGACCCUUGGUAGUGGACGCGAGACGCCAGGCAGCUCACCACCAUCUUCAGUCAUUAUGUCAAGCCUGGGAUUGGAUCCUCACACACCAAUGGCAAAGCCUCCAAAGGUGCGGGCCACACCGGGCGCUACCAAUCGACAAAUUCCUACAAACCGUCGCCACUCGUCACUGCCAGCACCAACAUCGCAGCCAGGUAGAAAACCAGGUUUCUCUCGUCUUUCCACCAUAUCCGCCUCCUCAUCCACUACCAACCUAUCCGCCAGCCAGAUCAAGCGACCAGACUCGAAGCUUGCACAUCGCCCACGUUGGAACGCCUCAACAAACACGGCGGAUGUUGACACUGGUCACAACUUCAAACCUCUCACACUAACAACACCAAGCCCGUACGCCAAGAGCCCUGUUGCUCAUAGAUCAGCUGGUUCGACUACUCCGAACUCUGGUAAUUCAAGACUGCCGACAUUGCGCAGCCCCCUUGGCCGGGCAUCUUCGGCAUCACCCAGAGUCGAUGAAACACCCACUAGAAGCGGACAUUCAAGACUUUCAUUCCGGGAAAGGCUAUCAUCCUCUAGUACGAACACACAGCCCUUGCCAAAGCCCCGUUUAGCCUCUCAUCAGUCAACGACGGCUCUCUCUGGUAGGCGUUCAUCUCUUAUGGCCUCCAGAUCCAUUGGGGUUGAUGGAGACAACCGACCAAGCAGACCUGCUAGCUCUCUCGCUACAGCAUCGAGGAGAAUUAGUCUUCUCCCUCAGCCAAGAUCAGAAACAGGGCGGGCCAGCCCCGCUGCCAUUGCGGGUGCUCGAUCGGCCAUGCGUAAACCAGCUGAGCCAAAGGAUUCAAAACCAAGGUGGAGGCAUUGA